AUGAAAGCGGCGUCCGUUGAGUACUGCAGAUCUCGCGUGGAUCCCGAUGACCAGGGUGACUUGGCACCAGUUGGCACCCGGGGUGACUUGACCGGGCGCAGCGUGGAGGUCAUGGACGCCGACGGCUGGGUGCCCCUGACCGAGCUCCUCUCGCUCGACGACUUUGUGGACUUCGCGGCUGCGGAUGUUCGUGAGGUGGUCAAGGAGAGCUACUCCAAAGACCAGCCACGGUUUGAGUGCCGCGAGCAAGGCGGCCGCCUUGAAAUUCGAGCCCUGCACAAACGCGCAGCUGUGCGCUUUUCAAAAGGAAAUCGAAUGGAGUGGCGAAAACGGGCAUCUAGCCCUGAGCCUCCAUUGGUGGAAAGCCCCUUCGAGGAGGCCAUUCCAGUGCCUGCCAAGAGAAACAAGAUGCGAGGUGCUGUUGCGUCCGCGACCGAGCACUUCGACAUCAGUGAGGAAUGCACCAAGGAUGAUCCGGGCGACUUGCCUGAUGGUUUGUCAAGCAGUCACGUGGAGUGGGUGAGGUUUGAGCUCUCAGAGGGCGUCUUUGCCUGGUGGUGCACAAGAGACGAUGGCUCUGAAGACGGCUUUGUUGAGAUGAAUCCGGAGCCUUGGAGCUUGGUCACGCCCACACAGGUGCAAGAGUUGGAGCGACCAUGCUGGAUCAACGGAGAAGAUGGAGAGUACUUCUUCAUCAGCCCGCAGGAUACACCAGACGAGAGCGAACACAGAUGA